AUGGCGAAUAUGAGAGAACCCCCAGUGGGUCUUUUUCUCUCGUGUUUAGGGAAGGCAGGGAUUGAAUCCUUCCAUCGCCUGCCUUCCCUGCGGCAGACAAAAUUGGCCAGUGAAAAGUUCGAUUACUUUGUUGUCUAUGAUUUUGAAGCCACAUGCAACAAAUCGAAGCAACUGAUUCCACAGGAACUUAUAGAGUUUUCUUGCGUGGUUGUGGAUGGCCACAGCCUGGACAUCCUGCCCAUCUCUUUCCAGGAAUAUGUCCGUCCAAGUGUGCACCCAGUGCUGGACCCCUUCUGUGUGGAGCUUACUGGAAUCAGUCAGGCCCAGGUGGACGAUGCACUGCCACUGCAGGCUGUGUUGCAACGGCAUGAACAGUGGCUGGAAGACAAUGGUGUGCUGGCAGAGGGGAAGGCCUUUACCCCAGUUACAUGGACAGAUUGGGACCUUGAGGUGCAGCUGGAGAUGGAGUGUAGGUGGCGCUGCAUCAAGAAGCCAUCAUACUUUGACAGGUGGAUUAACCUCAAAAAAGUCUUCAUCCGACACUGUAAGAGGAGCUUCAAUUUGAAGAUGAGUGUUGAGUACAUGCGCCUCAAAUGGCAAGGACGCUGCCACUGCGGUUUGGAUGAUGCUACGAACACAGCGCGCCUGGCGGUCAGGCUCAUCCAUGAUGGUGCUGCAAUGGAAAUAACGGGUGCAUUCCAGAGGCGACCCAAGGAAAGGAAACAAGCCCCCAGACAAGUGCAAGCAAAGUUGCUACCUCAAAAGCGGCAAGCCGCAAUCACUCCCUGGCUAAAGAAAGCCAGCAAGCGGCAUGCUUGCAAAGAUGACAGGAGCAGCCCGUGCAGAGACAGCAGUGUGGCUGGUAGGCACCCAUCGUGCGAUUCAAUUGAUUUGUCUGGUAUUUGCCCUCCCAAUGACCGAGAUCGAUUGCCAAAUCCCGACAGCCAGGAUUUGGUUGUCUGUUGUGCUGCACGCGAGGCUCAUGCUGGCACAAUGCCCACAUCCACAGCUUCGUGUCCUAUGACAGAAAUUGCUGCUCAGCGGAUUGAGCAGAUGCCUGCAAUGGUUGAAAAUGCUCGUGGGUUUGAGAGAUCUGAAAUCCUGAAAAAAGACAGUGAAGGAUGCAGAACAGGACCUUUGGCACCUCUGUGGCCGUCCCAAGAGGGAGUAAAGCAUACGGAUGAUAAAGGGCACAUUAACGCUGUUCUGUGUCGAUGUGGGGUGCCAGCAAAGCAACGGCAGGUAAAGAAGCCGGGCAUCAACUUGGGCAGGAGAUUCCUUUCUUGUGGCAAAUGGCGGAUAAGGGGCGGUGAGCACUGCGACUUUUUUUCUUGGGAUGAUGAGUGUAUAAGGCAAGGUAGCCGUGUCCUCCCAGAGGGAUGUGGGAGACAAGUGGGUCAUUGA